AUGCAGGGUAUCCGAUAUCAAUACUCAAAACUAUACGGUGAUUUCGUUCAAGACCCAGAGCUUGCAAAGUUUCGUCGAUAUCUGGAUUACUGGUCUUGGAUGUUAUACAAUGAGAAUUGGGAGAUCGAGCAGAAGAUCCGAGAAUGCAACGAGAUCGUCGCAAACAUUCAUAGUGUACCUCGGACUCGCAGCGUCUACACGUUGAUAGACUAUCCUCAAAGCUACGUGAAAAAGCAGGAUCCAACACUGGAGGCGAAAAUCGAAGACUUGAAAAAGUUGAUCAGGCGAUACGGAAAAGACCUUACCCUCGCCCACGCCAUUGCCAACUUGCCUAGUCAGCCCGAGAUAUGGGCUAGACAUUUCUCCGAGUAUACAGAAGCAUUUCAAGAUGGUCGUUUCGGGCCGACAAACGAGGAUGCUACCGUAUACAGUCAAGUCCCCUCGCAUGCGGAUACUUGCUCCCUGAGAGCCAGCGAAGUAGAUCAGCAAGACCACUUAACAAGCUUCGCAAUCCGUCAUCUCAAAUCGAUCAACAUACGCCUGCGAAAGUGGAUCGCUCGCGGUUCAAAGGAACGGUCCGAGGAGGAAGGAGCCGCACCAGAGCAGUUUGUUGGCCUCGAAAAGAUUGUUAUGGUCGCCAAUGUGUUCGCUGGCAUCUAUGUUCCUGUAUUCUUUGCCGCAUGCCUCGGGGUUCUCAGCAGUAUUCAGUCUGAGAAAUGGCGCAUCGUUGUGCUCGGUGCAUUUGGAUUGAUGCUUACCGCAUUAUUGAUUUUGUGCGUUCCGACGUUAAAGCGGAGUGACAUGUUCGCAAUUACGGGCGCCUUCUUUGCCGUGGGUGGAAUAUUUGUGGGGGCAAGGAGUAUGGAUUGA